AUGAAUUCUCAGGCAGGAGCCACCAGAUUGUGCGCGUACGUGUUCCUGGUGAUUUUGCACGCGUUUGCGACGGCCGUGACGGCGCAAGCGGCAAUACCGGACGACGAUGGUGUGCCGUCGAGCACGGUGAGCAUGACGCCACCGGAGCCGUUCCUGUUGCUCAACGAAACUGAACUGGUAGAUCUCAACCAGACCGCGCCCGGUGGCACCACGGAAGCGGUGUCCUCCGUUCCUACGGGAUCUAGCGACAGUUCUGGAACAACGACAGAUAGUACGAGCACCAGUGUUAGCAGUAGCAGCAGCAGCACCAGCAGCACCAGCACAACCACGAUCACGACGACGUCCGUGGGGACGCCGUUGGAGAACAAAACCAUGUCACAGGAGGAGAUCCAGAAGUUGCUGCUUCCACCGGCCACGGUCGAAGCGGACAUUCUGCACGUCAACAUUUCCGACGACAGCCAUCCGCAUGCCAAAACCAGUGGAAAAGACUCUGAUUGUCCUACGCUGGAAGGUGCAGACCAUAUGUCGCAGACGCAGCUGCUUACAAGACUCACGCACGUUUGUCGCUACGAUCGACUGGAGCGACCAAGAGAAUCGCUUAACGGCAAAAGCCGGCCGGUCAAAGUGCACGCCCGAGCCUACAUCUACUUUAUGCAAAAUUUGGAAGCGCACGAUUUGCAAUUCAAAAUUCACGCCCUGCUACAGUUCCGAUAUGUGGAUCCGCGCUUGGUAUUCCGGGAGGUUGCUCCGAACCGGACGAAGCCGAUCAUGGGUGAGCAGUCGCUACGUGAUCUGCUCUGGGUACCUCACGUCUUCCUCGCGAACGAGCGCAGCUCCGACAUUCUGGGCACGGCCGAGAAGGACAUCCUCACGUCGAUCUCACCCGACGGCACGGUGAUCGUGUCGACGCGAAUCAGCGCCACCCUGUACUGCUGGAUGAACCUGCAAAAAUUCCCGUUCGAUGAGCAGCACUGCUCGACCGUGCUAGAGAGCUGGAUGUACAAUUUGGAUGAUUUGGUGCUACUCUGGGAGCACAAGUCACCCGUAACUCUUGCCCCGGAACUACACUUGACGGAGUACGUGCUGCUGGAGAUGUUCACCAACGAAACGGUUAUCAAUGCGGACCUCAGUGACCUGCGGCACGGCGCAUUCGCUGGUAAUUACAGUUCUCUCAGCUUCACCGUACACUUGGCGCGCGAAAUGGGGUUCUACAUGAUGGAUUACUUCAUCCCUUCGAUCAUGUUGGUCGCCAUCUCGUGGGUGACGUUCUGGCUACAGGCUGAUCAGUCCGCCCCGCGAAUUACACUCGGUACCAGCACGAUGCUGACGUUCAUUACGCUCGCUUCGGCCCAGGGCAAGACACUGCCGAAGGUGAGCUACAUCAAGGCAUCGGAGAUUUGGUUCCUCGGCUGCACCGGAUUCAUCUUCGGUAGCCUGGUCGAGUUCGCUUUCGUUAACACGAUCUGGCGCCGGAAGCGCAACGUCGAGGUGAAGAAGGUCAACAGUAAACACGUACUGAAGCAAGCGCUAACUCCCCGACCGGCACGGAAGGACAUGAGCGGCCUGCACAAGUCACACUCCUGCACCUCGUUGGCCGAUUCUGCCACCACGGUAUCGGCUAAUUCCUUCAACAACUAUCUCACCGUACAUUCCUUCCCGCAGAAGAGCGGAAGCAGUCAAACCCUGCCCGUCAUCACGACGACCGACAUGGAUCGGGCCCCGGUCGAUGCGCAAUCGAACGGAAACGUUGCGAUUCAGAUCGACGGCCAAACGAACAGCGAAACAACAAACGGAAACGGUUGGACGACUAUGACACCCCAGGAGGUGGCCAUCUGGAUCGACAAGCGAUCGCGGUUUGCUUUCCCGAUCGCUUUUGUGAUCUUCAACGUUUUCUACUGGACGUUUGUGUACUAUAUCUAGAGGAUGUGAAAGCAACGAACAAACCGUUAACUCACCGAACUCUUUUACGAGACACGAGAGAACUGCGACGUCGAUGGCGAAAUACGCGAAACGGCACAAUGGAACAAUACUUAGAAUAUGUGAAUAUUUGCAGUCAUUUUUUGUAAGUUUUGAAGCAACUACGACAGUAUUCGAGCGUGCAAGACCGCAGCAGUUUGGGUGUCUUGCCUUAGUAGAUCUUCUCCCCAUGGCUUCAAUGCAAAACUACUUACCGAAGAUUAAUCACUUAGCAAUGUAUUAUUUAUUGAGUAAUAACACUAGGAGAAACUGUGCAUAAUACGUUAAAAACAUAAUAAAAGAAAUUA